AUGGUGGGAUCUGAAACUAGCCAAUGUGUCAAGUGUGUCGUUGUCGGAGACGGAGCUGUUGGAAAAACUAGUAUGUUGUUCAGUUAUACGACCAGAGGAUAUAUGUCCGAUUAUAUGCCAACGAUGUUCGAUUCCUUUCCCGUGACGAUGGCAUGCGAAGACGAAACUUUUAAAGUAAAUCUCGUUGACACGGCGGGUCAGUUCUCUCCCUCCUUCCCUCUCUCUCUCCCUCCUUCCCUCUCUCUCUCCCUCCUUCCCUCUCUCUCUCCCUCCUUCCCUCUCUCUCUCCCUCCCUUUCUCCCUCCUUCACUGUGCCAGCCUAUUUGUCUCUCUCUCCCUCCUCCCCCUCCUUCCCUGUGCCAGCCUAUUUGUCUCUCUCUCUCCCUCCCUCCUUCCCUGUGCCAGCCUAUUUGUCUCUCUCUCUCCCUCCCUCCUUCCCUGUGCCAGCCUAAUCAGGGAAUGCCUCUUUUCCUCUCCUUUUCUUUUUUUUCUCCUUCCUUUCUUAUUUUAUCCGAAUGUUUUUUUCUUUCCCUUUCUCUCUUUCUCCACAUAUAUCUACUUAUUUUCUCUACACCUUUUUUUCGUGUAUACUUUCUCACUUUUUUUCUUACCGUCUCUCUUUUUCUUUCUCUCGUUUCUGCAGUAUUCUUCUCUCUCUCUCUCUCGUUUCUGCAGUAUUCUUCUCUCUCUCUCGUUUCUGCAGUAUUCUUCUCUCUCUCUCGUUUCUGCAGUAUUCUUCUCUCUCUCGUUUCUGCAGUAUUCUUCUCUCUCUCUCGUUUCUGCAGUAUUCUUCUCUCUCUCUCGUUUCUGCAGUAUUCUUCUCUCUCUCUCGUUUCUGCAGUAUUCUCCUCUCUCUCGUUUCUGCACUAUUCUCCUCUCUCUCGUUUCUGCACUAUUCUCUCUCUCUCUCGUUUCUGCAGUAUUUCUCUCUCUCUCGUUUCUGCAGUAUUCUCUCUCUCUCUCGUUUUCUGCAGUAUUCUCUCUCUCUCUCUCGUUUCUCUCGUUCUAUUCUAUUCUCUCUCUCUCGUUUCUGCACUAUUCUCUCUCUCUCGUUUCUGCACUAUUCUCCUCUCUCUCAUUUCUGCACUAUUCUCCUCUCUCUCGUUUCUGCACCUAUUCUCUCUCUCUCAUUCUCUCGUCUCUCUGCACCUAUUCUUUUCUCUCUCUCUCUCGUUUCUGCACUAUUCUCUCUCUCUCUCUCGUUUCUGCACUAUUCUCUCUCUCUCUCUCGUUUCUGCACUAUUCUCUCUCUCUCUCUCGUUUCUGCACUAUUCUCUCUCUCUCUCUCUCGUUUCUCUCUCUCUCUCUCUCUCUCGUUUCUGCACUAUUUCUCUCUCUCUCUCUCGUUUCUGCACUAUUCUCUCUCUCUCUCUCGUUUCUCUCUCGUUUCUCUAUUCUCUCUCGUUUCUGCACUAUUCUCUCUCUCUCUCUCUCGUUUCUAUUCUCUCUCUCUCGUUUCUGCACUAUUCUCUCUCUCUCUCUCAUAUGUUAUUUAAUUUCAGGCUCUGUAAAAUUCCAGGGUCCCUCAUCUGCGUCCCUCUUCCCCUGAAAGUGCAAAAGAAUGAUGUCAGCGUGUGCAUUUGUUUCUCUCUCUCUCUCUCGUAUAUACACUUUUGUCUCUUUCUCUCUCCUCCAUUAUUUCUUUGUCUCUCUCUUUCUCUCUCCUCUACUAUUUCUUUGUCUCUCUCUCUCUCCUCUACUAUUUCUUUGUCUCUCUCUCUCUCCUCUACUAUUUCUUUGUCUCUCUCUCUCUCCUCUACUAUUUCUUUGUCUCUCUCUCUCUCCUCUACUAUUUCUUUGUCUCUCUCUCUCUCCUCUACUAUUUCUUUGUCUCUCUCUCUCUCUACUCUCUCUCUCUCUCUCUUUCUUUGUCUCUCUCUCUCCUCUACUAUUUCUUUGUCUCUCUCUCUCCUCUACUAUUUCUUUUCUCUCUCUCCUCUCUCUCCCUUAUUUCUUUCUCUCUCUCUCCUCUACUAUUUCUUUUUCUCUCUCUCUCUCUACUAUUUCUUUGUCUCUCUCUCUCUCUCUCUCUCUCCUCUACUAUUUCUUUGUCUCUCUCUCUCUCCUCCACUAUUUCUUUGUCUCUCUCUCUCUCUCCUCCACUAUUUCUUUGUCUCUCUCUCUCUCUCCUCCACUAUUUCUUUGUCUCUCUCUCUCUCUCCUCCACUAUUUCUUUGUCUCUCUCUCUCUCCUCCACUAUUUCUUUUCUCUCUCUCUCCACUAUUUCUUUUGUCUCUCUCUCCUCUACUAUUUCUUUCUCUCCUCCACUAUUAUUUUUUGUCUCUCUCUCCUCUACUAUUUCUUUGUCUCUCUCUCUCUCUCCUCCACUAUUUCUUUGUCUCCUCCCCCUCCCUCCCUCCCUCCCAUUAUUUCUUUGUCAAUUCCGAAACCUACGACCGAAUUCGCACCUUGACUUAUUGCGACGCUGACCUUUUCAUCCUCUGUUUUUCGCUGGUCGAGCCGAGUUCUUUCGAAAACCUCUCGUCCCGCUGGCUGACCG